AUGGUUCUUACUUCACAUUUUAUUGAUCAUGAAUGGAAUAUGCAUAAGAGGAUCAUAAACUUUUGUGUUAUUCCUAACCACUAUGGAACCACAAUAGCAAAGUUAAUUGAAAGUUGCUUGUUGGAAUGGGGGAUAGACAAAGUUAUGACAAUCACAGUGGACAAUGCUUCCGCCAAUAAAGUUGCUUUGGAUCAACUUAUGACGAAAAUGAAUAGGUGGGAAAAUUCACAAGCUAUUCUAGGUGGCAAGUAUUUACAUGUGAGAUGCAUCGCUCACAUAACCAACAUAAUUGUGAGUCAUGGGAUGAAGAGGCUAAAUAAUGGUUUAUUAGCUAUAAGAAAUUGUGUGAGGUUCGUGAGGAGCUCUCCACAAAGAUUGGAGCUUUUUAGGCAAGCCGUGAAUAGGGUGAAAUUGACAUGCAAAGCAACAGUUUGCCUUGAUUGCCCUACUCGGUGGAAUUCUACAUUUGUUAUGUUGGAUGUAGCCUUGAAAUUUAAGAAGGCCUUUGCUACAAUGGCGGAGGAUGAAGCAAGUCCCUUUUUGGCUUACUUUAAGGAAGUUGAAGAUGAAAAAGAUGAAGAUGGUGUAAUUAUUGUUUGCCAAACCAAGGGGAGGAAAAGGGUUGGACCACCAACGGAAGAAGAUUGGUCCAAGGCGGAGGUUUUUGUCAAGUUUUUACGGGUGUUUUAUGAUGUGACUUUGAGGGUGAGUGCUUCUACACAUCCCACAGUUCAUACCGGCCUCCAUGAUGUCAUAAAAGUGGAGACCGCCAUCAAUAACUUGGAAUCCCGAGCCAACAUGCAAGUGGAUCCGAGGUUCAAGUUGAGGCAUGUCACACAACUCUUUAGAAAGAAACUUUCCGACAUUGAGGCACAAUUGAAAACUGAAGAAAUAAAAAAUAUAUUGCGUGCCCUUUAUGAUGAAUAUGUUCCUAAUGUUGAAGGUGGAAAAUACAUGAAGAAAUCGGAAAGUUUACAAUCACAACCUUCUUCUACCUCAUCUAAUAUGGCUAUGACGGAAGAUGAUCUAAUUGAUGAAUGGAUGCAUUUUGUUGAAGAUAGUGAUGAGAAAGUGGUGGGAGAUGAGGUGGAUUCUUAUUUGUUUGAUCCCUUGGUGAAUGGUAACAAGUAUCCUAUCUUGGCCGCAAUUGCAAAAGAUAUUCUUGCAAUUCAUGUUUCGACCGUGGCAUCGGAAAGUGCUUUUAGCACCGGUGGUCGAGUGAUUUCGGAUUUUAGGAGUUCUUUAACUCCUAAAUUGGUGGAGGCCUUGAUAUGCAUGCAAAAUUGGUUGAGGGGUGAUAAUAUUAUUACUUUGGAGGAUGAUGCACCUUCAAUUGACCACAUUGAGUUCUAUGAAAGUAUUGAAUCCGAAUUGGCCAAAUCGACUUCAAGCAUUGCCUCUCUUACUCUUGAUCAAGAACCACAACAAGCUCCAAAGCAAUCUGAAGGUUCUAAUUCACAAGAGCCUCCCCUUAUGCGUUUACAAAGUGCAAGGUCUUCACAAGCUCAAAGGCCUCCUAAACCUUCAAACAAUAAGUGUCCAAAAGGAAAAGGAAAGUUUUUUGGUGCAGUUUUGUGCAGUUUUUUGGUGCAAUUUUGGUGCAGUUGUGGUGUAAUUUUUGCUGCAGUUUAG